GUUUGGAUAUUGGUUGGAGAUUGGCUCGUGGAAGACACAAGCUCAAUACGCGUGCGUUUCUUCUCCACCUUUCUCCCCACUCUAAAUAUUUAAUUCAUACCACACUUCAUUUCUCUCCUCACCGGAAUACCAACAACAUGAAUCAACGGCACCAUCCCCCACCGCUUAACUCCUCCAAAACUCCACCCUCUGCGGUGGCGCCAGAUUCACCUCCGCAACACGUCAUCACCAAUCGCAAAGACACUGUCCGGGAGAGGAGUGAGGUGGAAUCUCAUGAUCCAACUGUUGCUAGGAAAGUUCAGAAGGCUGAUCGUGAGAAAGUCAGGAGGGAUCGGUUGAAUGAUCAGUUUCAUGAAUUGGGAAACGCGUUAGAUCCUGAUAGACCGCGGAACGACAAAGCAACCAUCAUCUCGGAGACAAUCCAAGUGUUGAAAGACAUAACUGCUGAAGUUGAUAAGCUGAAAACAGAACAUAAAGCGCUUUCUGAGGAGUCGCGCGAACUAAUCCAAGAAAAGAAUGAGCUCCGAGAAGAGAAAGCAUCGUUAAGAUCCGAUAUAGAAAAUCUUAAUUCGCAGUAUCAGCAGAGAGUCAGAGUCAUGCCUCCAUGGACUGGAAUGGAUCCUUCUGUUGUCAUGAGUAGCCCUUAUCCAUAUCCAGUUCCUAUAUCAAUCCCUCCUGCUCCAGUUUCCAUUCACCCACAUAUGCAACCUUUUCCCUACUUUGGAAACCCGAAUCCUGGUCAUAUUCCGAGUCUAUGCUCAAUGUAUAUUCCAUUCUCGGCUCCGGCUAACGUUCCAAUCGAGAUGCCAUCAACUCAGUAUGCCUCUACAUCGCACUUGUUGAAUCGAAAAGAGUCGCGGAACAAGUCACCGGGUCAUAGAAGACCUAGUGAUGCAAAAAGAAGUAGUGUGUCUCCUGAUGUGGCGACAGAACUUGAGCUUAAGAUGCCUGGAUCAUCAACACAACAGGAUUCCAUGUCUGGAGGAAGGAAGGGCAAGCAUUCGGUGAUGAGUGACAGAAUCAUCAUAGAUGAGAGUGCUUCGAGCCGGUAUUCUCCAUCUCAAGGACCUCAAGAUAGCUUUGACAGCGUCGAACACACUCCAAAGGCUGUUGAUUGAUCUUGUAUAUUGAUUCUUGUACCAUUUGACCAUUUGUUUCUGGUCAUUUUCACAUUCAUAUAGCUUUCUCCAAUUCAUAGUUGAUCCUGGUACAGGCGUAUAAUGUGGCUAUAGGAUCUAUCAUUUCAAAACAGAAUGAUUAAUGGAACAGUUCCCUUACAUCUUAAA